AUGAAAAAGGAACGCUCUUCAGGUUCCUUCAGACUCAAGCCACAUGCAGGCUCUCUCUCACGUGCUGUGAGUUGGAUAAAUUUCUCCUCCUUGUCCAGGCAGACAAAGAGGCUGUUUCGCAGUGAUGGAGAGCUCUCGGUCUGUGGGCAGCAGGUGGAAGCGGACGAUGAGAACUGGAUAUACAGAACCCAGCCCAGAAAAGCGGUUUCCAACCUAGAUGAGGAGAGCCGCUGGACAGUCCACUACACUGCUCCAUGGCACCAGCAGGAGAAUGUGUUCCUUCCCACCACAAGACCCCCUUGCGUUGAGGACCUGCAUCGCCAAGCCAAGCUCAACCUCAAAUCAGUAUUGCGGGAAUGUGAUAAAUUGCGGCGGGAUGGCUACCGAAGUUCUCAGUACUAUUCUCAGGGACCCACCUUUGCAGCCAACUCCAGCCCACUCUGCGAUGAUUAUCAAGAUGAGGAUGAAGAAACAGAUCAAAAGUGUUCUUUCUCCUCAUCAGAAGAAGAAAGAUUUAUUUCCAUCAGGAGACCUAAAACACCAACCUCAAGUGACUUCUCUGACCUUAAUACUCAGACGAACUGGACCAAGUCACUUCCACUGCCAACCCCAGAAGAGAAGAUGCGACAGCAGGCCCAAACAGUCCAGGCUGAUGUGGUUCCGAUUAACAUAACCGGGGAGAAUUUCGAUCGCCAGGCCAGCCUUCGGCGGUCUCUAAUUUACACAGACACUCUGGUAAGACGACCGAAGAAAGUCAAAAGGAGAAAGACUAUUACAGGAGUCCCUGACAACAUUCAGAAGGAGCUAGCAUCUGUCACUGGUCAAGAUGAUGGUGGUGGUCAUUCUGUGUUCACCCCAGACCACUACUCUACACUAGGAAGGCUUGAUAGCUAUCGGUCUGCUGGGCAGCGCUCAGAAACCAGGGACUCCAGCUGUCAGACUGAGGACGUAAAAAUCGUGCCACCAUCAAUGAGAAGAAUCAGGGCACAGAAGGGGCAAGGCAUUGCUGCCCAAAUGAGCCACUUCUCGGGCUCCUCUGGCAACAUGUCCGUGCUGAGCGAUUCUGCGGGUAUCGUGUUCCCUUCUCGCCUCAACAGCGAUGCCGGUUUCCACAGUCUGCCACGUUCUGGAGCAAGGGCGAACAUUCAGUCCCUUGAGCCGAGGCUGGGUGCCCUGGGCCCUGCAGGAGACAUGGAUGGCAGUUUCCCCUACGAGGGGAGUAACCCACAAGUAGAUGAACACUUAGGACAUUUAGGAGGUGCCUCAAGGACUGGAAAACUUUUGAGGCCCAAAUCCCAGGAGCUGAGGCACUUGGAGAGUGAAAAUAUAACAAGCCCAGCGUGUGUGGUUUCUCCUCAUGCGACGUAUUCCACCAGCAUCAUCCCAAAUGCUACACUGUCUUCCUCUUCAGAGGUCAUUGUUAUUCACCCUGCUCAGAAUGCAGGGCUUUUGGACAGUAAAAUUGCCAGCUCAUCCUCAUAUGCAAAAAUAAAAUCCAGAGACCACCUCAUCCCCAGGCAUGCUGUGAAAGAUGACCAUCAGCCUCCCAGCUAUUACUGGAAUGAGGGUCACCCCGCCAUUCUUUCUCAAGCCUUAGACACCCAUUCGCCCAGUGCAGCCACACUGUUGUCCCUCUGUGAUUCCACGGUCUGUCUAAAUGCCCCAGCAAAUAGGGAGAAUGGGUCCCAAGCUGUGCCAUAUCACUGUAGAAACAGCCUGCGCUUCCCAGCCCACCCACAGGAUGUGGAUGGCAAGAGCGAGUCUAGUUAUUCAGGGGGUGGAGGGCAGAGCAGCUCGGAGCCCUGGGAAUACCAAGCCUCAGGUAAUGGGCGGGCAUCCCCACUGAAGCCACAUGUGGCAACUCCUGGGUACUCCACUCCGGCAAGUAACAUGAGCAGCUGCAGUUUGGACCAAACGUCCAACAAAGAGGAUGCAGGGUCGCUGUAUUCCGAGGACCAUGAUGGCUGCUGCACGUCCAUGCACACCGACUCUGGACGUGGAUCUGGGAAUCUGUGCAAUAGCAGCGAUGGCUUUGGACACCCCAGGCACAGUGUGGUCAAUGUGUUUGAUGGAAGAGCUCAGAAAAACCAAGGGGACCGGUCAAAUUGCCAUGAUAAAUCCCUUUCGAGAAACAUCUCUCUGAAGAAAGCAAAGAAGCCUCCCCUGCCACCCUCCAGGACAGACUCCCUCCGUAGGCUUCCCAAGAAGAACGGCCAGUCUAACGGGCAGGUGCUCAACGAGAGCCUGAUCGCCUCGCUCCAGCACUCGCUGCAGCUGAGCCUGCCGGGCAAGGGCGGCAGCUCGCCCUCCCAGAGCCCCUGCAGUGACCUGGAGGAGCCCUGGCUGCCCCGCUCUCGGAGCCAGAGCACGGUCAGCGCCGGCAGCAGCAUGACGUCCGCCACCGCCCCCAACGUCUACUCCCUGUGCGGGGUCACGCCGUCGCAGAGCGACACCAGCAGCGUCAAGUCGGAGUAUGCAGACCCGUGGGGCUACUACAUCGACUACACGGGCCUGCAGGAAGACCCGGGCACCCCAGGAGCGGCACGCUCGGCCAGCAGUGGGGCGCCCGCUGGAAACGGGCCGGUCCGCCACGCCCAGGAAGGGCCCAGGGCCGCCUUGCCCCAAGCGCCCGGCGGUUCCGUCAAACCAAAGAUCACAUCGCCGGAGAAGUCACACAGAGUCACUUCUCCAUCCAGUGGGUAUUCCAGCCAGUCGAAUACACCCACAGCACUCACCCCCGUGCCUGUGUUUUUAAAAUGCGUGCCACCAGCAAACGGGAAGGGGAAGCCCAAGCCCAAGGUACCAGAAAGGAAGUCCUCUCUGAUAUCCUCAGUGUCCGUUUCCUCGUCGUCCACUUCUCUGUCCUCUAACACCUCGACGGAAGGCGGCGGCACUAUGAAGAAGCUGGACGCAGCCUCGGCCUGUCCCCUGGGGCACCCCCCGCCUCCGCCCGCGCCCCUGCUCCUGCCUCCCCCGCCUUUGGCCGACUGUCCCGAGGGCUCUGCGCUGCCUGCCUCUCCCGUGUUCCCCCCUCCGCCACCAGAAGCUCUCGCUCUCUUCUGCUCCCCUCCUGACGGGUGCCUUCCUCCUGCCCCCACUGCACUGAGCCCCCUUCUUCCAGAUUCUUCUGCGCCCUUGCCAUCACCUCCGCCUUUCCCACCCUCCUUGGAGCCCCCGCCUGCCCCGCCUCUCGACCCCAAACUCAUGAGGGACCCCAGGCCUUCUUUCCCCAACUCCAGCCAGCCUGACUCCUCCCGGGAGGCCUUCAGGCCGCCUUCCGCCAAGGAGGAGAGCAGCAGACCCCCCAUGCCCCUCAUAACCACGGAGGCGCUGCAGAUGGUGCAGCUGAGGCCGGUGAGGAAGAACUCGGGCGCCGGGGCGGCACUGCCGUCUGAACCAACAGCUCAGGAAAAACGAACUCCAGUUGCUCCACAGUACCACUUAAAGCCAUCUGCCUUCCUGAAAUCCCGAAAUAGCACACAUGAAAUGGAGAGUGAAAGCCAGCCUGUCUCCGUGACAAGCUCGCUCCUGACGCCUGCCAAGAGCUCGAGUCAGGGUGACCAUGGCAGUGCAGCCGAGCACGGCGGCCCGCCGAGCGCCGGGGAGGCAGAGGCUCGGCCCGGCCCCAGGACCGGCCCGCUCCCCGACUCCUCACCCAGCAGGAAGCCACCACCCCCCAUUUCCAAGAAGCCCAAACUGUUCCUGGUGGUGCCACCUCCGCAGAGAGAUUUUGCAGCGGAGCCCGCAGAGAACGUGAGCGAAGCCCUCCGAGCCGUGCCCAGCCCCACGAGGGGAGAGGAGGGCUCUGCACACUGCAAAGAGACGACAGAGAGUUCUGCAGCCCGAGCUGGCUUUCAUGCGACGCACCCCAGCAGCUUGGUUGGUGAGGGAGGAGCUGCAGGAUCCGUGUCCCCCGGCAGAGUGGAAGCCAAUGCCCCCAUGGUACAGCCUGAUGCCUCGCUUGCCGCCCAGCAGGAAGAGCCACCCGAGAACAGCACGGAUGGUGGUGACAACGUGGAGAGCUGCCUGUCUCGACAGGAUGAAGGGGCCGGGGUGCCGCAGACCGACACGGCCGCGUCCUCAGAGGCCUGUGACUUCCCCAGGGAAGACGAGAGUGAUGAGGUGAUGACCCCCAGUAGACCCAGGACCACAGAAGACCUUUUUGCAGCUAUUCACAGAUCCAAAAGGAAGGUCCUUGGCCGUAAAGAUUCAGAUGAUGAUCACUCCCGAAACCAUUCUCCCUCCCCGCCAGUGACACCCACCGGCACUGCCCCGAGCCUGGCCUCUCCAAAGCAAGUGGGAUCGAUUCAGAGGAGUGUCCGAAAGAGCAGCACCAGCAGUGACAACUUCAAAGCUCUGCUGCUCAAAAAGGGGAGUCGUUCGGACACCAGCGCCCGCAUGUCGGCGGCGGAGAUGCUCAAGAACACAGACCCUCGAUUCCAGAGAUCGAGGUCGGAGCCUUCGCCAGACACCCCCGAGAGCCCGUCAAGCUGCUCCCCAAGCAAGAACAGAAGGGCCCAGGAAGAGUGGGCCAAGAACGAAGGGUUGAUGCCUCGGAGUCUGUCCUUCUCCGGCCCCAGGUACGGCCGCAGUCGGACUCCGCCGUCUGCAGCCAGCAGCAGGUACAGCAUGCGGAACCGGAUCCAGAGCAGCCCCAUGACGGUCAUCUCGGAGGGCGAAGGCGAAGCCACGGAGCCUGCAGACAGCAGAGCGCGCGGGGCGCUGGGCGCUGCCAAGGGAUGUCCGCUGGACGGACUGGCGGGGGAUGAGAUGGACGAGGGCAGUCCGCUCUGCGCCGAGGCGCCUGGCGCCUCCCUGCGGCCACAGGCCCCCGGCCCCGCAGAUGGGACAGCCAGUGCAGAGGACAGGGAGCCGUCAGAGCAGCGCGGAGGUUCUCCGAGGGAGGAGAGUUAGGGACAAGAACGUGACUCUCCCGGGUGAUGGGGGAGAGAGGAGCGAUGCAUCGCUCUAGGAAGCCUGCUAGGUGCCCUUGCCUGGCUUGCACGGGGGUCCCACUCGCUGUGUGUGCCGUGGCCCCAGCGUCGCCAGCCCUGCAGUGUGAGCGGAGGGUUAUUUAGGACUCACUUGGCACUUGCCCUGUGGCUUAAAAGCAAGUAGAAGCUUAAACUUCUGAAAGUGCUUCCUGGGGAAGAUUUUUUUUUUUCCUAAAUACUGGGGGUGUGUCAAGGGUGUAUGAGGGUGUGUGUGCAUUUUGAACACUUUUGAUUUUUAAAAAAUACACACACACACAAACAGCACGUACAGAAAUAGGAGAAAGCAAGCCAGAGUUAGGCUCGGUAGAGUAAGCUGGGAGUCUUCUGGACUAGGUGGUAACCGCUUUCAAAGCAUUUUGUUUAUGGAAACUUGUGAGUUCCAUGAGAAGGGAGAAGACGUUGCUUCUACGAAAGAGGCGGUAGAUUUGCUGGUUCUUGAUGCACAGAACGCGUGGAUGUAUGCACAUGUGUGCUGCGGGGUGGGCUGUCCCGAUGAGCGCAGAGAAGCUGGGAAAGGGCUAAGUGACUAAUUGGUUCAGGUACUUUUUUUCUGGGGGGGAAUAGGCUUUGUUUCCUUUUUUGUAAACAUGACACACGUCAAAGUGGCAACGCUGUAACUUGGUGCCUGCUGCUGUGCAGCCACAUACACACAACUUUUAGCCUGAUUUUUAGAAGCGUGGGGAAUUUUUAAAUGCAUUUUCUUCUUGAGUAGCAGCUGAGGCCUUCUUUGAGAACGGAAGUGACCUGCGGACAUACAGACAGGGAGAGAGAGGAGAGGGGGAGAGGGGUAGGUGAUACACUGCUGGAAUUGGUUUCCUGACUAAUAAAUAAAAUUAUUUUGCAGAAUUAAAUUUGAAAACUUGCACUACCGAACUGUGGGUGGAGCUUUUCCUUUUACAACAGUUUUUUGUUUUUUUUUUUUUUACCAGAGUUUAAACUUCCAUUUGGCAAUUUCCUAUCACUUGAAAUGUCAACAUUUGCUAACUUUUGGAUAUCCUUUUGGUUACACCAAAGAAAAGUUAUGGCUAUUUUUCUGUCCUUGAAUUGCCUGCAGUAUCAUGUCCUAAUUUAGAAAGGUUUAUCAAAAUCUAUUAUAUAUAUUAUCUUACUUUGAAGAAAAUGCUGAAUAGCUCUGUUAGUCAAAUAAACUGAUAAAAAUUGGUAGGGCUUGGCUAUUAUUUAGCCCUGGGAAAUGAGUUUUUAGAUUAAAAAGGGGUUUUUUUUUUUGCAUCAUUUGUUUUGUGCAUUUUUAAAUUUGUUUUUAAAUAAUUGAGUUGCUAAUUACCUUCUAAUCUCCAAUCAGAAUUUCAACACUUUUAGAUGUGGGA